GUAAUGCACACGCUGUUGGGGCCACUCCCACUCCCUCACAAAGGAAGUGAAAUGUGGAAGCGCAACUGAAGGAUACAAGAAAAGAUCUCACAUCUGGAGCUUUUAGGUCACUUGUAGCUCACAUAUGCCACUACUGCUGCCAAAACAAGGACUGCUAGGUAAUGGCUGCUCUCAGGGCUUUUCUCACUCUUGCUGUCGGUUUCCUGCUGGGACAUCAAACAUUUGCCAAAAACGAUGCUCCCUGCCAGCUCUCCAAAUGGAACAACGGCUUCAACACCUUCACCAAACGCCACAUUCGCGCUGGUACUCCUACUUCUCUGGACCAGAACGAAUGGGAGAAGUACAUCAAGAAUAACGGGGGCUGUGAUAGACCCACCCAGUCCUUCCUGCACCCAAGCGACCUGGACAGGGUGAAGGCCGUGUGUACAGACAAGGGGGGGGCGGUGUACAAGGACAACCUGUGCAUCAGCCUGCAGUCUUUCACUUUUGUCACGGUGAGGAGUAUACAGGGGACGUGCGGGAUCAAGAGUGUCCGAGAGGAAACCAAACAUCUGAUCCUGGCCUGUGAGGAGCUGGGCAAUCAGUGCCUGCCGGUGCAUUUUGAGGGAAACCCUGACAAUGUAAAGCCAAACAACAAUGCCAAAGGCUGCCAGGACCCACGCACUGCUGGUCAUACUCCAAGCCCUGCUGGUCGGGCUCCAAGCUUUAAAAUGACGUGGCUCUGGUUGUUUUCUGUUAUUCUUGUUAUUAUUUAUGGCUAUAAAAAUUAAUUUGAGAAACUAACAAUAAGCAUCCUGAACACAUUUGAGUCUUGAAAUGCUCAUUUGAAAAGUGUGAAAAGUGUUUUCUAUUCUUAUUAAAUCACCAAGAUAUUGUUAGAAUUAUUACAUUUAAAAAAAAACUAAAAGUAUUUUUGUACCACUUUGUAUCUCUGAGAGUUAAUGAAAGGGUUGGUACUCUAAAGGCAUUUCAUUUAAAGCUACAGUAGUUAGUGCAUGUGUGGCACAGAUGUGAAUGUGAUGCUGAAUUCAAGUCAUUCACUAUGUUGCAGUACAAAAGGGAUUUAACUGAAUGUAAUACAUGUAUGGUAUGCUUUAAUAAACAGAAGAUGUAUUCAUCUACAGUCAUUUA